CGCUGAUUAGUUCAGAGUUAUUCUUUUGCUUUUUAUUUCAAGGCAUUUUUGUUAAAAUGGCUUCAGCAGCAAAAUGUAGAAGUCUAGAAUCUGUCCGUCCUAACAUGAGAGAUCUGAGGAUUGUUCUGCUGGGGAAGAAUGGAUCAGAAAACAGCCAAGUGGGAAACACUAUACUGGGUGCAGAAGCAUUUCGCAGUGAAUCUGCAUCUUAUUCAAAGCAGCACAGUAAGAGAAUCAGUGGGGCUGUGGAGGGGAGACACAUCACAGUCAUCAACACUCACCUGCUCCAGCCAUAUCUUUCACACCAUCUGAUAAUACAGGGAGUGAGAGAGUGUGUGUCUCUAUCUGCUCCAGGACCUCAUGUGUUUGUACUCAUACUGCAGAGUAAGGACUUCAACAAGGAGGACAGACAGAGAGUGAAAACUGUGCUGAACCUCUUCAGUGAGCAGGCCAUGAAACACACUAUAGCAGUGACUACUGAUGAAGAGACACGUGGAUCAAUAUUCACUUCUAGGAAUAACACCAUUUAUAAUUUAAUAAAGGAGUGUGGAGGAAGACAUUUUAGGUUUGAUACAAUUAACCCAGGACAGCGCUCUGAGUUGUUCAGAAGGAUGGAGAAGAUGCUCAAGGAAGGACACAAAGAAUAUCUCAUCUGCAACAUGUAUGAGGAUGGAGUGACGACUACUGGAAAACCAAAGCUGAACAUUGUGCUGUGUGGAAACGAUUCAACACUCAAGAGCUCAGUGUCUAGAAUGUUUAGAGGGACAAUAAUUAAACCAAUGAAUAAAAUUUUACCUCAGAAAGAGAUGAGUAAAGUGUGUCAGAAGAGAGAGGGAAUGAUUCAUGGACGGCAGAUAAGUGUACUAGAGCUUCCAGCUCUCUCUCGGCUCUCAGAGGAGGAAGUGAUGCAGGAGACUUACCGCUGUCUGUUUCUCUGUGAUCCUGGAGUUAAUCAUUUCAUCCUCGUUACUCCUGUCUGUCCACUUACAAAUGAAGACAAUGCAGAAAUGGAGAAGAUUAAAAGAAUAUUUAAUUCUAAUGAGCACUUCAUGGUGCUUUUCAUUACUGAACUCAAUGUUGACCAAAGUGUGAUAGAUUUUGUAGAAUCCACAGAAUCUCAGAGUGUUGUGAGUCUCUAUGGGAGUUGGUACGAUGUGAUGGGGUUAAAGGACCAGAGAAACUCCAGACAGAUCUCAGCCCUGUUUGACUGUAUAGAGAGCAUGAAGACUGAACCCUAUUCUCUUCAGACAUAUAUGACAGCUCCAGAGAAGAGAGUCAGACAUGAACUAGAGGAGAAACUGAGAGUGAGAGACAAUGAAAUCAAAGAGUUACAGCAGAAGAUCAAGACACUGGCUCCAGAGUGUUUGAUUCUGAAUCUGGUUGUGUGUGGGAGUAACGGAGGAUUAAAAUCCUUCAUCUCAAACCUGAUCCUGAAGCAGAGCGAGAGAAGAUCAGAGCUCAGCUCAGAGUGUGUGAGGAGAGACGUGGAGCUUGAUGGACGUCUGAUCAGUCUGCUGGAGCUUCCAGCUCUGUUCAACACUCAGCUCUCAGAGGAGGAAGUGAUGCGUCAGACUCACCGCUGUGUGUCUCUCUGUCAUCCUGGAGUUCAUGUUUUCAUCUUCAUCAUUCCUGAUGCUCCACUUAAUAAUGAAGACAGAGCAGAAAUAGAGGAGAUCCAGAGGAUAUUCAGCUCAAGAAUCAACAAACACAUCAUGAUCCUCAUAAAGCAGAAUCCAGAGCAUCAGACAGCAGAACUAAAUGAAGAAACACAGUCUGUCAUUGAGAGUUUAGGAGGACGACAUCAGUUCAUUGACCUGAACACACAAGUGUCUGUGUUGAUGGAGAAACUGGAGCAGAUAGUUGAGGAAAAUAGUGGUGUUUGUUUCUCCACAGAGACAUUGAUGGAGGCACAGAUGGAGAAACUGCAGAAAUUUGAUGAAAUGAAGAGGAAAAUCCAUUCGUUAGAGAAAUGGUUUCAGUCACAAUAUUCAAGAGAAAAAGACGAUGAACUGAGGAUUGUGCUGCUGGGAAAAACUGGAGUUGGGAAGAGUUCAACUGGAAACACCAUCUUAGGAAGAAAAGCAUUUAUAUCAGACAUUUCUCAAAUAUCUAUUACUAAAGUGUGUCAGAGAGAAACAGCUGAAAUCAACGGCAGACACAUUACUGUGAUCGACACUCCAGGACUGUUUGAUACUGAUCUGACUAAUGAGGAGAUCCAGAGAGAAAUCAGCAACUGCAUCCACAUGAUCCUGCCUGGACCACAUGUGUUUCUCUUACUGAUACCACUGGGACGAUUCACUGAAGAAGAGGAAAAAUCAGUGAAGAUCAUCCAAGAGACGUUUGGUGAAAACUCUUUAAAGUACACCAUAGUGCUCUUCACCAGAGGAGACUUUCUGAAGAACAAAAUCAUUGAACAGUAUCUGGGAGAACCAGGAUCUACCCUUAAAAACCUGACUGAAGCGUGUGGAAACAGAUUCCAUGUGUUUAAUAAUGAGACUGGAGACCGAACACAGGUGACUGAUCUACUGCAGAAGAUAGACAACAUGGUCAAAGCAAAUGGAGGGAGUUACUACUUGUGUAAGAUGUUCAGAGAGAUGGAGAGAGAAAUACAAGAACAAGAAAAGAAGAUACUGAUGGAGGAAGUGGAGCAAGUCAACAGAGAAAAAGAAGAAAUUAUGAAAAAACAUGAAGAAGAGAAAAAGAGGUUGAAGAUGAAGAUGGAGGAAGAUCGUGACAAAGAGAGAAAGAGAAGAGAAGACGAAUAUAAAAGAGACAUUAAAGAGAGAGAGGAACAAGAGAGAAAGCUGCGAGAGGAGAUGAAGAGAGAACGAGAGGAAUGGGAGAAACAGAAACAACAGGAAAUACAAAGAAGAGAAGAGGAUGAGAAAUGGAGAAAGAUAGAACAAGAAAUGUGGGGUGAAUAUUAUCAGAUACUUAAACAAGAGAUAGACAGAAUGAAGAUGAUGAUGGAGGAAGAAAGACAGAAUCAUGAUAAAGACAGAAAGAGAAGAGAAGAAGAGCAUGAAAGAAAGAGAAAGAAAGAACAGGAAACAUGGGAUGAAUAUUACCAGAAACUUGAACAAGAGAUAGAGAGAAUGAACAUGAUGAUGGAGGAAGAAAGACAGGAUCAUGAUAAAGAGAGAAAGAGAAGAGGGAUUUAGGGAGAGAGAACGGUAUAAAAAGUUACAUUAAAGAAAGAGAGGAACAAGAGAGAAAGAUGGGAGAGGAGCUGAAGAGAGAACGAGAGGAAUGGGAGAAACUGAAACAACAGCAAGACAAAAAAUAGCAGAAGAAAUGG